ACCUCUUUCAGGUCUCCCUCUGCGUGGACUUCUGGUCUUCCACUUGGGAAACAAGGACGCAGUAAACAUGAAGUUCUUCAUUUUCACCUGCCUUCUGGCUGUUGCUCUGGCAAAGCCUAAGAUUGAGCAAUCUUCAAGUGAGGAAACUAUUGCUGUCUCCCAAGAAGUAUCCCCAAACUUAGAAAACAUUUGUUCUACAGCCUGUGAGGAACCCAUAAAGAAUAUCAAUGAAGUGGAAUACGUUGAAGUUCCCACAGAGAUAAAAGAUCAGGAAUUUUAUCAGAAGGUGAACCUCCUCCAGUAUCUCCAGGCUCUUUACCAAUAUCCCACUGUCAUGGACCCAUGGACUCGGGCUGAGACAAAGGCCAUCCCCUUUAUUCGCACUAUGCAAUAUAAGCAGGAAAAGGAUGCCACUAAGCAUACCAGUCAGAAAACCGAACUGACCGAAGAAGAAAAGGCUUUUCUAAAAUACUUGGAUGAAAUGAAACAAUAUUAUCAGAAGUUCGUUUUUCCCCAAUACCUAAAAAAUGCUCAUCAUUUUCAGAAAACUAUGAACCCUUGGAAUCAUGUUAAGACAAUUAUUUACCAAAGUGUGCCCACUCUGAGAUACUUAUAAAAUUCUUGAAAUAACUGCUUCUACCUUAUCUUGAUGUGACUGGAAAAUCUGUCUUCUACAGUCCUCUUCUAUACCAUAUUACUUCAUAGUAUCAGCAUUGCAUGGACAGGCUGAUUGAUAAGGUGGAAAUUUUGAGCCAAAGAAAGAUUCUGAAGAAAGUGUCCUGAAUUGCUUAUGCUCUUCCUGUUAGUUCAUAUUAAAUAUGCUGGAUCUGUAUUGUGAUUUCACAUGAACUGGGUUUAUUAUUUAACAUGGCUUCAUCACUCUUUCUGAAUUACGGAAACAUUUUUCUUUUCCCAAGGAAAUAAAAUUUCAAGCGC